UUGGUUGAUGAAGAGCACGAGAGCGAGGAUGAGGAAAACGAAAGUUCUAGUGAUGAAGGCGAGGAUGAAGAACCAAGAAUAAAAGAUGUUUUGAAUCAUCUUUCCCAAGCGGUUUCGGUAAAGCGUGCUUCUGAAUGGCCGCUUCCAAAGAUAUUUUAUUCUGGACUCCCCGCGGACAAUUACUUCGAAAUAAACGUAUAAUUCUCGUCACAAACAUCGCCGAGCUACUUGAGUAUGUGUUAAUUACUACCUCGUAACGAUGACGUAACCAAACCUCGUGCGCUGAAUGCGUUUCUAGAUGGACUUGCGGAGUUAGGAAUCGAUAAGUGUUUAAUCACGAUCAAAAAGUUGCUAAGCGAUUUAAUAGAAAAAGAAAAAGACUACCGAAAUAACGAAAGUACUUUCGAGAAGGAGAGCAAUGUAGAAAGUUCAUCGGAUAGAGAGGAAGAGGGGGAGGAGAUAGCUUCCGUGAAUGCCAGUAAAGAUGAAGACACCCAAGGAAGCGACAACGACACUGAAAACGAUAGUGAGGAAACAGAAAAUAGUAGCCCUGAAACGUCCACCACCAUUCACUCUGAAAAUAUCUGUGAACAUUGCGAGAACUCUCAUGUGUACGGGACAUUGAUCAUGAAAUGUCCUAAAUGCUUUUGCACGAUUACUACAAAAUUUCUACUAUAUGCGAUCACCAGAUCCUCUAGGAGUCAGAGAAAUUACAUCAAAUAG